GCUACGAUUAACGAGAUGAAGUCGAUCACGGCAGUUGUAGUGUUGACGCUGACGCUGCUGGCCCUUGGCGGCCAGGGCAAGCACCUGGACUUUAAGGUGGCCGACAAGGAUUUUCUGGUGAAGCAAAAGUUUGUGUUCGAAAUGCUCAGUCAUAUCUACCAGGAUGAUGUGUUUGUGACCAAAUACGAUACCAGCUUCUGGGAGUACACUCCAAAGGAGCAUGUUGCCGACUAUCAUCAUGCCGAUAAACUUGAGCACUUUUUCGAGCUCUGGGAGCAUCAUCCCUUCCAUGACGAUCAGUUCUGGACUGUGAUGUAUGAGCGUCAUGAGGAAUACGUUGUCGGUCUGGUGCGCAUGUUCAUGUUCGCCAAGAACUGGGAGACCUUCCAGCAUGUUGUCUUCUGGGCUCGCCAGCAUGUGAACAAGCAGCUCUUUGUCUAUGCCUUCACGAUUGCCUGCCAGUUCCGCGACGAUAUGGAGGGUAUUGUGCUGCCCGCUCAAUAUGAGAUUCACCCAUGGACCUUCUUUGAUGGCCAGACUUUGGAAAUGGCCGAGCACUACAAGAUGCACGGCUUCCAUCAUGUCAAGCAGCUGAACAAUGUUUACAAUGUUGUCCUCCGCUCGAACUACACCAACUACUUUGGCGACAUCAACUACGAGCACGGCAUGUCCUACUUCCUGGAGGAUGUUGGCCUAAAUAGCUUCUACUACUAUUUCAACAUUGACUAUCCCUUCUGGUCUGAGGGCGAUGAGACCCACAAGCUGAACAACGAUCGUCGCGGUGAGUUCUAUCUGUACGUGCACUGGCAGCUGCUGGCCCGCUACUAUCUGGAGCGUCUGUCCCAUGACUUGGGUGAAGUGCCCAGCUUUAAUAUGUACGAGCCUGUGAGCACCGGCUUCUAUAGCGGUCUGCGUCAUUACAAUGGCGUGCCAUAUCCCAGCCGCGACAACCACCACAACUUCUAUCAUGACCACAAUGUGGAGCACAUUAACUUUGUGGAGAUGUACACACAGCGCAUCAUGGAUUGGAUACACAAGAACAAGAAAUACGAUGUUGAUGUGAUCAACAUGCUGGGCAACAUGAUCCAAGGCAACAAGGACAGCAUUGACCACCAGUUCUAUGGCAGUCUGGACAAAUAUUACCGCUACAUUGUCAAUGAGGGACGCCCCUUCGGCAAGUAUCACGAUGAAUUCCCAGGCACCUUCAUGCACUACGACACCUCCAUGCGUGAUCCUUUGUUCUAUGAGGUCUACAAGAACCUGGUUGGCCACUACUGGCAUCUGAUGGAGACCUUCCCCGAGUACACUAAGCAAGAUUACGUCUUCGAGGGCGUUAAAAUCGAUGCCGUGCACAUGCCUGAGAGCCUCACCACCUACUUUGAGUACUUUGAUGCUGACAUCAGCAACGCUGUCAAUGUGGCGCCUCCUAGCUUCGAUCAUACCACUGAUCCACUGCACACCUUUGGACGCAACUCCUUCUACAACGGCAGCAGCUUCGUCAUCAAGGCUCGCCAGCAUCGCCUCAACCACAAGCCUUUCGAGUUCGUUUUGGAUGUUACCUCGGACAAGGCACAGACUGCUAUUGUCAAGGUCUUCAUUGGCCCCAAGUUUGAUGAGUAUGGCAAUGUGAUUCCACUGGAGCACAACUUCCAGAACUUCUUUGAGCUGGAGCACUACAAGGUGCAGCUGGAGGCUGGUGUUAAUCACAUCAAGCGCGGCAGCAGCGAAUUCAGCUUCUGGGUUAACGAUCGUACCACAUACUUUGAGCUCUACCAGAAGCUGAUGGAUGCCACCAACAGCGACUUCAAGUUCAAGCUGGAUCAGUCUGAGGCUCACUGCGGCGUGCCAAACCGCAUGAUGCUGCCCAUGGGCAAGAAGGGCGGUCAGGUGUACCAGUUCUUCUACAUGGUCUAUCCAUUCCAUCAGCCAACCACUGCCGAGCACACCGGCUACGAUCCCGUGAUCAGCUGCGGCGUGGGUCAUGGCUCACGCUUCGUUGAUGCUCUGCCUUUCGGCUUCCCAUUCAAUCGCCCCGUGAUGCACGAUUACUACUUCGAUGUGGAGAACUUCAAGUUCUUCGAUGUCAAGAUCUUCCAUCGUGACGAGCAUACCAAUAAUGCCUAAGUUAUAAAGAACUCAGACUCUGUUUAUAAUGAACAACUUAUCUUAACUUUUCUACACCCACAGCUACCAACCAUAGAACGUGUUCAAAACGACUUUUAAUGUUUCAUUUACUUCAACUUAACUAACAAUAAAUGAAUUUCAUAAAAACGA